AUGAAGUCUCUCGCCGCAACUGUUGUGGCUGCCCUCGCUGCUACAGCCGAGGCCGGUCUGCGCUUCGGCUGCUCGACGCUGACCAUCCAGCGCCUCGACCCCGUCGUGCAGCCCGACUCGACGCCGUCCUCCCACCUGCACCACAUUGUCGGUGGCAACCAGUUCAACGCCACCAUGACCGGCGACGUCGGUGCCCGCGGCACCUGCACGACCUGCCAGAUGUCAGAGGACUUUUCCAACUACUGGACGGCCGUCAUGUACUUCAAGAGCCCCACCAACGGCUCGUACCACCGCGUGCCUGUCGUUAACAACGCUGCGCUCGCUUCCGGCACCACCGGCGGCAUUACUGUGUACUACACGCAGUACGACCUGUCGCGUGACAACCUUAAGCAGCAGCCGAUUACGACCUUCAAGCCGGGCUUCCGUAUGACGGUCGGCAAGCCAAGCUCGACCGCGGCCGAGGGCAAGACGCACAUUGGCCUGUCGUACAACUGCCUGACCACGCUGCUGAACCGUGGCCCGGAGAUGCGCGACUUCCCCACGAAGCCCUGCCCGGCCGGCAUUUUCGUGACGCACCACUUCCCCGCCUGCUGGGAUGGCAAGAACCUCGACAGCCCCGACCACCAGUCGCACAUGUACAACACCAUCAAGAUGGACGGCUUCAUGAACGCCGGCGCCUGCCCUUCGUCGCACCCCGUGCGCGUGCCGCAGGUCGUGUACGAGACAGUCUGGGACACGACCAAGUUCAGCGGCUUGUGGAAGGAGGGCCAGCAGCAGCCGUUCGUCUGGAGUUUCGAGGGCAACAGUGGCUACGGCACACACGCCGACUACAUGUUCGGCUGGAAGGGUGAUGCUCUCGAGCGCGCCAUGGCCAAGUCCGAGUGCUUCUAUGACGGCUGCGGUGCCAUCAAGAAGCAGAGCAUGACCGAGGCCAACAAGUGCAAGGUCCGCGAGAUGGUCGACGAGAACAUUGACGGCUGGGUCACAUCCCUUCCCGGCAUGGACACGCACUAG